UACCUCGUGAUUUAUAUAAUUCUCUCUCAGGAUCAUAAAUAAACAUCUGGAAGUUGCAUUGCUAUCUAAAUAUGGAGGUAUUGUGGAGCUCUGUAGUUGUUUUCUUCCUCCUCAACUGUUUUUUGGCCACUGGAGGGGCAGAGUAUCUGAAAUACAAGGAUCCUAGGCAGCCAUUGAAUGUUCGAAUUAAUGAUUUACUUUCCCGCAUGACUCUUGCCGAGAAAAUUGGCCAAAUGUCACAAAUUGAAAGAGUAAAUGCAUCUUUUGAUGUCAUGCAGAAGUAUUUCAUAGGUAGCGUGCUAAGUGGGGGAGGCAGCGUACCCUCUCCACAGGCUUCUGUUGAGACCUGGGUGAAUAUGGUAAAUGAAAUACAGAGGGGCUCACUUUCCACCCGUCUUGGUAUCCCUAUGAUCUACGGAAUCGAUGCGGUCCAUGGCCACAAUAACGUCUACAGAGCUACUGUGUUUCCACACAAUAUUGGUCUUGGGGCUACAAGGGAUCCAGCACUGGUAAAGAAAAUUGGAGCUGCUACUGCUCUUGAAGUUAGAGCAACUGGCAUUCCCUAUGUUUUCGCUCCAUGCAUUGCAGUCUGUAGGGACCCCAGAUGGGGUAGGUGCUACGAAAGCUACAGCGAAGAUCCAAAGAUUGUCCAAGAAAUGACUGAGAUAAUUCCUGGUUUACAGGGAGAUAUUCCUGCAAAUAGUCCAAAAGGAGUUCCUUACGUUGCCGGAAAAACAAAAGUUGCUGCCUGUUCAAAGCACUAUGUUGGGGAUGGUGGAACAUACAUGGGCAUCAAUGAGAACAACACCAUUAUCAGUCAACACGGCCUGCUGAGCAUCCAUAUGCCACCUUAUUACAAUGCCGUAAUAAAAGGCGUCUCUACGGUGAUGGUCUCGUAUUCUAGCUGGAAUGGAGUGAAGAUGCAUGCUGACCAUUAUUUAGUGACUGACUUCCUCAAAAACAAGCUACGUUUCAGAGGGUUCGUCAUCUCAGACUGGCAAGGGCUUGACAGGAUUACCAGUCCACCACAUGCAGAUUAUCCAUACUCGAUUAAACUUGGAAUUCUCGCUGGAAUCGACAUGGUUAGUCUACAUCUACUUUUAAGGGACUAGGUGUUUUGAAGUGCAAAAUCAUGAAUAACUCGAGGAAUGUGGCAUAUGCUAACCAAAUGAGGGAGGCCUAUUCCCAGCUGAUCUGUAAAUUCUUUUUCUUUGAGGCAUAGAUUAGGCAUAAGCUGAUCAUCUAUGCCAGAAUUGUAUUACUACAGAUCAAGGAGGGAACAAGAGAAAGGUACACAAAGGCAGAAAAGAAUAAAAUACAAGAAAGUAAAAUGAAAUUAUGUAGUAGAUGCUAUUAGUUUGAUGUCUGCUAAUGAUCUUUGCCACCACAUCAUCAUGCCCGUUCUCUAAAUUCUCAAAGCUUCCUCUGCUUCGUUUCUUCUAGAUAUCGUAACAAAAGCUGGAGAGCAAGCAUUCGGAGAGUUUUCUUGUCUUGCUUCCGUCGAGCAUCUAAUCUCGUUCCACGAGUCAAGGAAGUGGCCAGUUGCACCUAAGCAAGAGUGAUUAUAUAAGCCCAAGGAGCUUGAUACUCUUAUCCAAACCUCAACAGAGAAAAUGCAACACCUAUAAAUUCAAAAAAAA